AAGUCCAGUUGGAGGCAAAAGCUGCUCUGCAUCAGGCUCUGGAGAUGAAGCGUCUGGGGAAGAGAGAAAAGGCGCACAAACUAUUCAUGCAUGCCUUGAAUAUGGUCCCACAAUAUGUAGAUGCAUUGAAUGAAUUGGGUGUCUUCAUGGAAGAGGAUAAGGACGUUAUUCAGGCUGACCAUCUGUAUACUAAAGCAUUAACCAUUUCCCCGUGCAAUGAGAAGGCACUGGUGAACCGCGACAGAACGUUACCACUGGUGGAAGAAAUUGACCAAAAGCAGUUUAGUAUUAUUGACCGCAAGGUUAAAAAGUUGAUGGCUAUACCCAAAGGGAAUGCAGCUUUGCACCGUGUGAUGGAGGAAAGUUAUUACCAUCAUAUUUAUCAUACCGUGGCAAUUGAGGGGAAUACGCUGACCCUUUCUGAGAUCAGGCACAUCAUCGAAACAAGAUAUGCUGUACCCGGAAAGAGUCUGGUGGAACAGAAUGAGGUUAUUGGAGUUGAUGCAGCCAUGAAAUAUCUCAAUAAGUCUCUGCUAUCAAGAAAAGGAUCUGUUAAUAUUGAUGAUAUUCUGCAGAUUCACAGAAGAGUUUUGGGAUACGUUGAUCCUGUAGAAGCUGGGAGAUUCCGAACCAAUCAAGUCUUCGUAGGCCAUCACAUACCUCCCCAUCCCAGAGAUGUAAAGAAGCAGAUGCACGAGCUUGUCCAGUGGUUGAAUACUGAAGAAGCGAUGAGUCUCCAUCCUGUAGAAUUUGCUGCCCUUGCACAUUAUAAAUUUGUUUAUAUCCAUCCCUUUGUAGAUGGGAAUGGAAGGACAGCUCGGCUACUGAUGAAUCUUAUAUUAAUGCAGGCAGGUUAUCCACCUAUCACCAUCCGCAAGGAGCAGCGGGCUGAGUAUUACACUGUAUUAGAUUUGGCCAAUGAGGGAGAUGUUCGGCCAUUUAUCCGCUUUAUUGGAAAGUGCACAGAGAUGACCCUUGAUUUACUGCUAAUUGCAACCACUGAUCAUUCUGUCGAUAAAGGUUUACCUGAAGCUAAUCCAAACCAUUCAGAUUAUACACAAACCAUUUUAGUUAAAAACUAAUGCCAUGAUGCUACAAAACUAUAUGUGCUGUGGGUUGAAUUGAUUUGAUUAUCAGUGUGAACUUUGGUUAAUAUUGAUUCCUCCAGCGAUUUGCCAACUCUUUACUGCAGGUGUGUUGUGCGUUUGGCUUUCAUUGAAUUUUAUCGGGAAAUAAUGUAAAACAAUAUUCACACCAUGUUAAAAUUUCAGCUGUAGGAAGACUAGUUACUUUCUAUUUAAGAGUUGCGAGAUCAGUGGGCCCAUAGCUCCUCGUCUCUCCCAUUUCUGAUUGGUACUAUAAAAAAUAACUUUUUAUUAUGUACUAGUGUGAUUUUGUUUUACUGUAAAAAAGUUUUGCAGUAAAAAAGGGUUAACUGUUACAUGCACAUCAUAAGUGAAUGUUUGGCCAUAACAGCCAAAUUGAAUGUUUGGCCCACAGUUUGGAUGGGGGAAAGAUAGGAAAAUAACUAGUCCCCAAAUUUCAAGAUUGCUUAUAAAAACAGGAAUGUAGCUUUCAGCACCUGCGGCGAGUCAAUUUAACUGAGUAUUUUGAGAGCGUAUCAGCCAUAAUGUUGACGUCAAAUAUUAGCAGCAUCUUUUAUAAAAGUUUCCAUGAGGAAACCAGAUUAAACAGAUUUUCCAAUUGGCCUCAAACUGCUAAAAUUACACCAAUCCAUGAAUGUCAUUAUUCUAUUAAGUAUUCUGUUAUUUUUGGUUAAUUAUAGGCUAUUAUCACGUUUCCAAAGAGGAAACCGUAAAUCUGGUAUUUCACGCAGUUGUUGGGAUUGAUUUCAGACAACGAGGCAGAGCAACGAUCCAAAUGGUAAAAUAUCCUAAAUCAACUGGUUGCUAUAGCUGCAAUAGGAACUGUGUGCACUUUCUUAUCAAAUUUAACUCAAAGCCCUCAGUUGAAUAUCAUAAUGAAAGGAAUCAGUGUUGAACUAACUUUGGACCACAGCUCAAGAGAUUGUUCUUUGAAGGGACUGCAAUAUUUAUGUGAAUGGAAAUUGCACUUUGUGUAAAUGAACUAUUUAAACAGACCAAUAAAAUAGUAUAUUUAUAAUAUUUAAUGUAAGAAAUAAAUUAUACUGUUUA